UCUCAACAUGUGAUUUUCUGCCAUCAGCCAUCAGUCGGAAUCUGAACGUUGCCCGGUAUUUGCAUUCCCGUUAAAGUCGAUAGUGAAUACUCGCGAAAGUGGACUGAAUAUUUAAAUAAGUUACACUGAAAUGUGUUGAUCACCGAAACUCGAACAAAUUUCCUUAGGACGGGUACAACAUAUGCCCAAAAAUCGAAACCCGUUGGAACCGGGUUGGAAAUUUUUCCACAUUGCAGUCUCGCCUACUCGGAUUCUGGUGGUCUUGUGUCAAAGACAGUGGUGUUGGUGAAGUGGCGUGCGCGAAGAAGAGCAAAGAAGGCCAAAUAAAAGUGUGUACCAGAGGUGAACAGAAAAUAAAAAGUCGUGCAAACCACGGCGGUGUGCUUUUCUGUUUUGUGGGUCGGAAAAUAUCGAAAUUUCUGCGGAAUUAUCAAAAGCCGUGCAGUGAAAAUAAUGUGCAUCGUUUGUAAAACAACUGGAGCAGGCAGAGCCGUCUAGGAGUAACUACUUUACGGUGAAAUUCCGGGUCAAAUGUGACUCGCCAGCAGAGCAAGGAAAAAUAGCAACCUAAUCAAACCCUUCCCAGCGGGACGAUCUCGGUUCUGGAGUUGUGGCUAAGCAGCACCCAGAACCGAGAUUCUUAAACUAUAGAACAACAGCCAGCAGUCCUCUUUAAGCUAUAAGCAAUAUAAGCCGCAUGAAGAAUAGGCAGUAGGUGUACAACACAGCCCAGCAUGGAGUCCCGGUUCGUGAACGUUUCGGCGGUCAGGACAGCGCCCACGUCGGUGCACUUUGUCGGUGCGAGAGCCAGCGCCGGAUACGCUCCGAUCCUGCCAAAGAUUGCCCCCGAAAGAUCGAUCCACAGCCUGCAGUACAGCAUACCGGCAGUGCAGCACCACUACGGGAACGCGUUCGAUGACGACGACGAAGGUGGCUUCCCAAUCGGCGGACUUAACGGGUACGGCCAAGGCUCGGCCGACGGAGAGUAUUACAACGAUGAGGAAGACGAAGAAGAAGUUGAUGAGGACGUUGAAAUGUCCCCCGCUAUCGAGGUGAUAUCGAUUGAUCCCAACUGUGAUUAUGAUUCAGAAGAGGAAGAAGAUGACGAUGAAGAGGAGGAGCAGCAGCAAACUGUUGUGAUGGAACAACAACAGAUUUCAACCUUACAGCAAGAGGAACGCUAUUCAACGCCCAUGGUGGAAGAUGAGUCAACCCUGGUGGCAGCAUCCUCGCCGCCACCAACACCACCACAGCAGUGCGAACAACACCGAGUGUCGUCUCCGGAGGAACCGGUCGAAGAACAUGCCCAAAUAAUCCAGGAGGAGGAUGUUAUAGAAGAUCUAGAAAGUGAUGAUAUUGAACCGGAGUUGCAAAAUCUGCGACGUGAUUCCGAGGGAGAUGAAUCCGAUAACGAGAGUACCAGUGGCAACGAGAGCAGUCGCAGCGGAAGCAAACGAAGCAGCUGCUCAUCAAGCUCCAGCAAUAGCAGUCGAAGUAGCAGCACGUCCACCGCUUCCAGCCAUCCCAGUGACUAUGUCCCGCACUCGGACCAGGAGGAUGACGCUGACAUGGGACAGGCCGAGAAUCUGGCACAGGUUAUCGAGCGCCGCAAGCUGAUUGCCAUCGAGCGUCGGAAACGAACGACGAGUAUCAACCGAAAGUCGUUUUCGUUACCGCAGUCUCCGGUGGCGACAGGAGCCGCCAGUCUGAUGCAUGAAAUUACAAGCUUAAGCUUCGAGGAUUUGGACGUAUCGGCCAUUGUGAACGAUUUGAGUCCGUUGAAAACGGUGGUACGAGCGAGCGAGUGCGACGACAAGUUGGUUGCUGAACUCGCUCAAAACAACUUCGAUUUGGCCGCGUACAUAACCGAGGACGAUUUUGGCACGACGGAUUCAGCAGAUUCAAACGCGAAUCGUGAUCAAAAGCAGCAGUCUGCCCAGAAAAAGUCUCCCGUAAAAAAACAACCCAAAUCACGUGGCAAACAGAUUAAAAUGCUUCGUGAGUUGAUGAUUUCCCCGAAACACGACAACACGAACGACGAGUCCGGAGGGGUGAGAAGGAGUUGUACAAACAAAGCUAAGCGGAUAGUGGAAAACAGUGAAUCUGAGAGCGAAGAGUCCGAAGCGGAAGGAGACAGCAAAGUGUGCGGCAACAUUUUCGGCAUGGAACGCGUUAUAAGCAAGCCGAAGCGCAAGGAAGACGAUGUCAAGACAGAUCCAACAUGGAAUCCCAACGGGGCACCAUCGAACAAGGCCGUACCAAACAAGAUGCUUCCAGGAUCGCGAGGAACCGGUGCCCCUCCAGCGACUGCCCUUCCUUCAGUGGUCGCAAAAAGUGAACCCAAGAGCAGUCCACCUUCAACCAAUCCACCCGAAACGUCUAAAAAUUCAAACUCGGCCAACACCAAAAGCAAACCCUUAAGCGCCGGAUCGCAACUGGCACGCAACAAGAUGCUUUCUCUGAUGGCAAAGAACAGCCCUCUCGUGAAGGCCCACAAGCACAGGCCACAGUCCAGCGGGAGCCAACCCAAGCCGGUGGACAAAAAGCCCGACCAGCAAUCCAAACCGAAGCCAGUGCCGGCGUCAAACAUCAAGCUGGAUCAUGACUAUUGCUCACCAAAGAAAGCGCAAAAACCGCCGACGGUUGUCGUGCCGCAGCGAAAAACCAUUGAAAUUCCGUUCCUCCUACCCACGAUGGACCAGCUGCGGAAGAAUAGAAAGCUCUCGAAAAGCAAGAAAGAGUUGCUAAAAGCAAGCAUAAAAACGGGUGAAAACUGUGAUAAAAAGAGUCAAAAGAUUGAAACUGUUUCCAAUAGUGGAGCGACCAGCAGUGUGGACCACAAACCACCCGCGAUUGUUCCCGUUGUUGUUGUUAAAGAAGAACCAGCUGAUGUGAAACCACUUCAAGUCCAGGUGCCGACGCAGCAGAAGCAAGUGUCGUUACUCAAAAUCAAUCAAAACAAACCAAAUGGAGUGCAAACUAUCAAAACUGAGGAUGGUCAGUUUGCGUUAAAGUUAGAACCGCAACCAGUCAAUGCAACUAGCAGCUGUAGUAAUGAAAGUAUGGUCAAGGUGAAGAAAAAACUUAAUCUAGAAGAAUACAAGAAAAGACGUGAACUGCCCUUUGAUGAGUCCAUCUGUGUGUCUAUACCGGUAACGGAGAGUAGUAGUAAGAGUAGCAUAGGCAGCGUGUCCACUACGAGUGAGUCAAGUGGCAGACAGGAAGAGGUCGUUUGCUCAUCAUCGCCAGCCGCGGCACAGUGUGUCCAGUCCCAGCCGGCGGAGGUUAAGCCCCACGCUAAAGUGCCCCUGGAUCCCAUAUCUGCGGCGAAGCUCAAAGCACUUCGAAUGCAGCAGCUCAAGCGGGAAGCCGCGAUCAAAUCGAACGAAGCCAAGAUCAUUCCAAAAACUGUUCCGCAGAUUGUCCCGUUGGCGGAGAUCACUUCGAUGCAGUUUGACGAACACGGCAAUCCGAUACCGUACGACAAAAACGCGGACAACGACGGUGCGAGUACAAAGUUGCACGCCGACUACGAAGAAAUUAUCAUCGUGUCGAUGGGAUGCAACACCGAAGUCACGAUCCAUCCGCGCGAGGUCGUCGAGGAAGUGGCCAAGGUGAGCCGUGCGGUUUCGCAAGAGCAGGACAUUCCAAAGAAUGGGCUCCUCUCCGACAUCACUGCCACGAUCAAGCGGUGUCAAUCGACAGUUCCUACAAUCAUCUCGAGUAGUUCGCUGAUUUCCAGCAUUAAGGAAGUCGUGAUCAAGAAGGAAACCACCAGUAAGACUGAAGCAGCUCCCAUCGAAAAGCGCGCCGUUGGGGGAGGUCAAGCGAACCAGCAGAGCUCGCCCAACAUUGGCGUUUCGCCGAACAAUGCAUUUUCUCCCGGCAAGCCGGAACGAGCCGGCGGUGCGUAUGACGAAUACGAAGAAGGUCAGUUGCAGCAGUCGUCUCCCGAGGAGAAGCCAAGCAAACCGACCGAGCACGGAGAAGACAAAAUCAUCAUGCAUUUACGCAAGGAUCGGCAACGGUCGAAGGGUGUUUCGAUAGCGAUUCAAACGGCGCCACUGAGCCAAUUUCCAGACCUUAAAAGACUGUCGCCGGUGAAGACGAAACCCCGAACCACUUCGCGGAGUAGCUGUGGAUCAGCAACGCGCAGCAGUCAACGCAGUGCCGAAGAUGACAGAAGUCGGACGCGUCGUCAGUACCGUAAGCGGCACAGUCGCAGUUCUUCCUCGGAAGCCGAAACUCGCAACCGAUCCUCAAACUCGUACAGCCGAAGCCGGUGCGGUAGUUCACGACGAAGGACUCGUUCGCGGUCAAGAUCCUACCGGGGGCGCAGCCGAAGCGAUUCACAGCGGCGUCGUUACCAAGAGAGAGACUAUUCGCGUCGUAAUCGGUGCAGCAGACGACGGCGCAGGUCCCGCAGUGAAUCUUCCGAUUAUACCUCGAGUAGUGAUUCUUCGUGCUCUCGAUCGCGGUCACGUUCGAGCCGAUCGGUGUCCCGUCCCUCCUCACGACUUUCCCCGCACCCGAGAAACGCAUCUCGCACCGAGUAUCGACGCCCUGCCAAUGUCUCGCCAGAACGCAAGAUCGUGUACGUCGGACGUUUGGAGGCAGCGUUGAAGCGAGAUGACCUGAAGCGAAAGUUCAUGCAGUACGGUCGCAUCAAGCAGGUCACGCUGCACUACAAGGAAUCAGGUGCAAAAUACGGGUUUGUGACGUUUGAAAAACCCCAAGACGCCUACAAGGCCAUUGAUUCGAGCUCGGGCGAUCCUAACUUGGCCGAGUACGAUGUCAGCUUCGGGGGUCGACGUGCGUUCUGUCGCACGGAAUACGCCGAUUUAGAUGGUGACCUGUCACAAAACCACGAAAUGCCGUAUUUCACACCGGAUGGUGCCGUGCUGAUGCCACCUGCCCCGAUUGCUCCCAUGACACGUAAAGAUGAGGGCGAAUCCUUCGAGGAUAUGCUGAAGAAGCUCAAGAAGGAGAUUAACGCGAAAAAGCCGCGUAAAACGUGACCUCCGGGCAACGAAGGCGUCGUUGUUAUUGCACAACCGUGUAGUGCCUGCUAGUCGUACUCCAGUGUGACCAGGCUUACCAACAAAUUGUGGAUAUUUAACGUUAUAUACCUCGAGAUACAGUUACUUCUAUUCUUUGUUUUUGCCAGGUUUUGUUUGAAAAUUAAACAAUUUUUUUUUCUUCAAUUGUGUGGCUAUUGCGCAAACAAGAAGGUCCAUUAGCAGUUCAUCUAUUUCAAGCUACCCUUUUUUACCGUCGAUUACAAAAAUCGAACAUUUAUUUGUAAUGAAUUGUUCUAGUUAGUUGUGCAAUUAGGUUGGUAAUAUUGUGUUCUUUUUUUUCUCUUCGCAGUAGAAUAUUUUAGUUCGUAGAGCAAGUUAAUUCAGUUUAUAAACAAAAAGGUGCCAUUGAACUACAACCAUUUGAAAUAAUAUUCAACAUUAUACGCUCAUCAAAAUAGCCGCAGAAUUUAUGGAAAAGAAAUGUUUGUUGCAAAUUAAUUUGCCUACGAUCAGCUCGUGCUUUGCAAUUACAAAUAUCUGCUUGAAAUUUCCGGAAAAAAAAAAUAAAUAAAUUUCGCUAGAAAGUUUCGCUAACUAGAAUCUACAAUUUAUACAGAAGCUGCUAAUGGUUUAUUGUAAAACGUUCCGUAGUUAAAGAGUACAGUAAAAAA